AUGAACCCCACUCACCCCACCGCAUACAAAGACGCAAUAUUCUUUUCGGGUCAUAAGUUCGUGGGUGGUCCUGGAUCGCCCGGUGUCUUAGUAGUCAAGACGAAAUGGUUGAAAAAUGAAGUGCCCACAAUACCUGGUGGUGGUACUGUGCUAUUUGUGACGGAGAAGGCUCACUCCUACCUUGCUAAUAAAGUGAAACGGGAAGAAGGUGGGACCCCAGAUAUUCUAGGAAGCAUCCGUCUUGGACUUGCAUUUGAAUUGAAGCAACGAGUUGGUCCCAAACACAUCGCAAACCUUGAGCGCCAACACGUGCAUCACGUGCGCGAGAUACUUGGAAGAAACGCGAACAUAAUCUUACUUGGUCACGACAAUCAGGACCAAUUGCCGGUCUUUUCCUUCCUUGUUCGCUUUGGUAGCCGGUUCUUGCAUCACAACUUUGUUUGUGCUCUGUUGAACGACUUAUUUGGUAUACAAGCCCGCGGCGGUUGUCAGUGUGCUGGACCCUUUGGAGCUCGCUUGCUUGGUCUCAGUCGAGAACAUAUAAUUGCUCUUGGCUACGCAGUCGUUGCUCAGGACGUGAUUCUCAAACCAGGUGUAACUCGCUUAAGCUUUCCGUAUUUUAUCGACAAUGAGGAAAUUGGAUACAUUUUGAAAGCUGUGAGUUUUGUGGCUGACCAUGGCUGGAAGUUCUUGCCUCAGUACAAGUACAAUCAGCACAACGGAGCUUGGUUUCAUAACUCGCGCGCUACAACUCCAUUUCCGGCCAAGAAGUAUCUUACGAGUAUGCAGCUCGACGAUGUAGAUACGGUGCGCCAGUCAGUGUGUGCUACUCCUAUUUGUAAUCUUGCUGCUCAUCGUACGAGAAAUCUUAAACAAGCAGCUAUUCUGGCGGAUGCCUGUAUCCAGAAGGCUGCGUCGGCUGACAAUAUCCUGGAAGACCAGAAGGUGAUGCAAGCCCACGAGUGGUUACGCUGGUUUGUGUACCCCCACGAAGCGAUUCUGGCUUUUAAAGAACUGGGUGAGAAACCAGCAGUAACUGAGAUAAUUGACGGUCCGUGCCAGCCACAGAACUAUAUGGACGGCACGGUCAAUGGAGUGUGGGACGGUGUUUCAUCUAUAUGUGAAAUGAAGAGGAGUUUGUUUGGACGAAUUGCUCUCAAAGUGUUUAUGCAAGCGGAACUAGAGGCAAUGAAAGACAAGGGAGUAGUCGAUGCUGAAAGAAGUGUACUAAAGGACGAGGUGGCUAAACACGCUGUCGUUUGUAGCUAA